AUGGCUUUUGUUUUUAAAGCACCUAGAAAAGAUAACAGAAGCUAAACUGCAGAUAUAGUAGGACCUGGCGCAUAUAUUGAUUUAUUUCCUCCUUAAACCAACAUUUAGAAGAAUUUAAGGCCUUUUAAUAGUACUUCUAUUAAGGGAGUGAAUUUAGAAGUUAAAGUUAAAGAAUAACUUCCUGGACCUGGCUACUAUAAUGUUUAGUCAAAUAAUCAUGAAAAAGUUGUUAUAUCCAGCCCAGAUGAGGAAAUUAAAGUUAUUGAAAUUCCUAAGCCGUCUUCGUUUUUUAAAAAUAGGCAACACAGAUUUCAAAACGAAGAUAAAAUAGAAGUUCCUGGGCCUGGUGCAUAUGAAAUAGAAAAGGCUAACAGAAGGAAAGUAAAAGGAGGUAUAAAAUUGCAAGGAAAACCUAAAAGUGUUAUUGAUCAUUUAAUGUAGAUAAAUAGAUACAGUAGCAUUCCUUCUAUACCAGGAAAAUAACAAUAAUAUGGAUAUACUGAAAAUGAAAAUAAUUAGCUUGAAUUAAACUAAUUGAAUAAUAGCAUGGCUGAUGCAGAUAAAAAAUUGGGACCAGGAUGCUACGAUGUUAAGGGAACAUUCGAUAAACCUUCUAGAAUUAGAGGAGUAUCAUGGCAUAAUUAAAAUCUUAAUAAAACUGGAAUUUCUGAAAAAUUAGAUACAAGUUGUUAUGUUGGACCUGGAAGUUACGAAACAAAUUAUUUUUCAUAAGGGCCUUUGUAUAAACUUAAAUAGUCACACGUUUUUAGCUCUAAAAGUAAUAGAGAUCAAAGGAGGGGAGAAAGAGCUAACUCAUUUUUAUCAUCAAAAAAUAAAUCGAUAAUGAGCACAAGUUAUUAAGUAUAGAAUGAUUCUGAGCCAGAUGACAGCGAUUCAGAAUUCGAGUAUAUUGAGGAUGCUACUCCAGGUCCUGGAUAUUAUCACAACGAAUCUACUAUGAGUUCUAUCAAAACUGUUGGAAAACCAGAAAAAUUUUAAUAUUUUGGAACAAGAUCAGAAAGAUUCAAGCAAGUUAAAAAUGAAAUAAUUGUAGGCCCAGGAUAAUAUAAUCCAAUUAUGGUAGAAAAACUUGGAAAAGUUGAAAAUGUAGCCAUUUAAAAUAAAACAGUCCCAUUUGGUUCAUCGAAUACAAGAUUUGAAACUAAAAUAUUUUAAGAAAUUAAGCCUUGUCCUGGCUAAUAUGAACCUAGAAAUACUUUUGAAGAUAGAUUGAUAUAUAGAAUUUAAAGAGGUUAUAGAGGUAAUUUCGGUUCAACCGAAAGAAGAUUUAAAAACCAAAGCUUUUAACAAGAAGAAAUACCAGGACCAGGUUAAUAUUUAGAUCCCAUCAUAGAAAAAGAAAACGAAGAUGUCAAACCCAAUUCAAUAUUUAUAUCAAAAACAAAAAGAGAUGGCUUAGCAGAAAAGAAAAAAGUUGUUCCUCCUCCAGGUUAAUACAAUAUAGAUGCUUAUGAUAUCAAAAAGAAAGUUUAAAAAGAUGAUGAAGACGAUCCUGAGUUAGCUGUCAAAAAGCCUGGUUUCCUUUCAGGAGAAGUAAGAUUUAAAGAACCUAAAGUUGUUAAAAAAGACGAUGAUGAUGAUUUUGAUGAUGGAGUUCCAAUAACAAGUAAUAAGCAUAUCUCAGAUUUAUAUAAAAAGAAACCUAAAUAAGUUGCUCCUUUUGGAAGCAAACAAAAAAGAUUUAUUGCUUCAAAACAAAAUAGUAAAGUUGCUCCUGGACAAUAUUACGAUUAACUUCAAUAGAGUUGGAAUAAAAGAACAUUUAAUAUAUUAUUUGCAGAAAUCUGA